GCAUCACGGGAAGAGAAUUAGACGACUAAUCGCUGCUAGGUACUACUGAGACAAGAUAAUACGCACUGUCUCUUGGUCUCUUCACACUGAAUGAGGGAGUGCAUCGAAGGAGCGGUGCGUAAGAAGCAGGGAAGAGAAUGAAUGGAAAAGAGACUCAAAUACCCGCCAUGUAGGUGAGAGCAAGGGUCGACUUCUUCAGUACAGCCAAUAAAGGUGAUUCCUACAUACUUCUCAGCUAAGCUGUACCUCGCAGUGGAAACUGGUCCUCAGUCACAGCAUGGACCAUUGAUUGCUCUGCAACGCAAGCACCUGGGGAGUUACAAGUGAGCUGCUGGAAAUAUGCGAGACCUGAACUGUAUCACCAGCACACAUCCUCGAGAGUCCUAUGUGUCUCUGAUUUCUUUUUCUUCUCUUUUCUUCUCUCUCUGUCUCUCUCUCUUUCCUUUUUUCUUUUUGUAUUUUCUAUUUUCUAUUUUCUAUUUUCUUUUAUUUAUUUUUUUAUGUUCCAGAAUGCAUUUCCUCUAAAUGCCUCUGUGCCACUGAAGGAAAAGGCUUCACGGAGACUUCCAAAGCUCGACCUAUUCUGCCCUUCUUACCUGUCACUGCGCCUUUUUCUUUUCUUUUCUUUUCUUUUCUUUUCUACUUUUUUCGCCUCUCUCAGUCUUUCCCUUUUUCUAUCUUCUAUUGUCCUAUUCUCAAUGAUGGUCUUUGAUUGUCUGAUUAUCCUUGUCGGUUCCACAAGUUAUUUGGCCUCACCAUCUACAAGCCUCCUUCCUUCCUUCCUUCCUUC